CCCGGGGCUUGGCGCUGCCGGAGGGGCCGGAGCCGAGCCGCCCCGGCCGGGCCGCGCCGGGCCCGCUUCCCGUGGGGCCACGCCCUGUCAAACUUUGUUGCGGCGGCCGCGGCCAGCGGAGCCAGGGACCCGCAAGCCGGAGGGAGGGGCGCCGGGCCGGGCCGGGCCGGGCGCGGGCGGCGAGGGGCUCCGAGAGCGGCGGCCCCGGCCCGCAGCCCCACCAUGCCCCAGCUCGGCGGCGGCGGUGGAGGCGGCGGCGGCGGGGGAGGCGGAGGCUCGGGCGCCGGGGCGGCCGGCGGAGGGGACGACCUCGGAGCGAACGACGAGCUGAUCCCCUUCCAGGACGAGGGAGGCGAGGAGCAGGAGCCCAGCAGCGACAGCGCUUCGGCGCAGCGGGACCUGGACGAGGUCAAGUCGUCCCUGGUCAACGAGUCGGAGAACCAGAGCAGCAGCUCGGACUCGGAGGCGGAGAGGCGCCCACAGCCCUCACGGGACGCCUUCCAGAAGCCGCGGGACUACUUCGCCGAAGUGAGAAGGCCCCAGGACGGCGCAUUCUUUAAGGGCCCCCCCUACCCUGGGUACCCCUUCCUGAUGAUCCCGGACCUGAGCAGCCCGUACCUCUCCAACGGACCCCUGUCUCCCGGAGGAGCGCGCACGUACCUGCAGAUGAAAUGGCCCCUCCUCGAUGUCCCCUCCAGUGCCACAGUCAAGGACACAAGGUCACCAUCACCAGCGCACUUGAACUUAGGUGCCAUGAGGAUAGGUUUUCUUGCCUGCACAGCAAGAUUCUCUCCUACCUCCACAAGACCUGGAGCAGAGUCUAAUAAAGUUCCUGUUGUCCAGCACCCACAUCACAUGCAUCCAUUGACACCCCUCAUCACCUACAGCAACGACCACUUCUCCCCUGGCUCCCCUCCCACACACCUCUCCCCGGAGAUUGAUCCAAAGACAGGAAUUCCCCGGCCCCCUCACCCAUCUGAGCUGUCACCGUAUUACCCACUCUCUCCUGGAGCUGUUGGACAAAUCCCCCACCCCCUCGGCUGGCUCGUCCCACAGCAAGGACAGCCCAUGUACUCCCUUCCUCCUGGUGGCUUCCGGCAUCCUUACCCUGCCCUCGCCAUGAACGCCUCAAUGUCCAGCCUGGUUUCCAGUCGGUUCUCCCCUCACAUGGUAGCUCCUGCCCAUCCUGGUCUGCCCACCUCAGGGAUCCCCCACCCCGCCAUCGUCUCCCCCAUCGUCAAGCAGGAACCAGCACCCCCAACCCUGAGCCCCGCUGUGAGCGCGAAAUCGCCAGUCACCGUGAAAAAGGAGGAAGAAAAGAAACCCCACGUGAAGAAGCCUCUUAAUGCCUUCAUGUUAUACAUGAAGGAGAUGAGGGCCAAGGUGGUGGCUGAGUGCACCCUGAAGGAAAGCGCAGCCAUUAACCAAAUCCUGGGGCGGAAGUGGCACAACCUGUCUCGAGAAGAACAGGCCAAGUACUAUGAGCUGGCCCGGAAGGAGCGGCAGCUUCACUCCCAGCUCUACCCUACCUGGUCAGCCCGGGACAACUACGGUAAGAAAAAGAAGAGGAAGAGAGAAAAGCAGCUGUCCCAGACCCAGUCCCAGCAGCAAGUACAAGAGGCAGAGAGUGCUCUGGCCUCCAAGAGCAAGAAGCCAUGUGUUCAGUACCUGCCCCCUGAGAAGCCCUGUGACAGCCCUGCCUCCUCCCACGGCAGCAUGCUGGAUUCCCCUGCCACCCCCUCUGCGGCCUUGGCCUCUCCAGCUGCCCCUGCUGCCACCCACUCGGAGCAAGCCCAGCCCCUCUCCCUCACCACCAAGCCGGAGACUCGGGCCCAGCUGGCUCUCCACUCGACUGCCUUCCUGUCGGCCAAGGCUGCAGCCACCUCCUCUGGCCAGAUGGGCAGCCAGCCUCCCCUCCUGUCCCGGCCACUCCCCAUCGGGUCCAUGCCCACAGCUCUGCUGACCUCUCCCCCAUCCUUCCCAGCCACGCUCCAUGCCCACCAGGCCCUGCCAGUGCUACAGGCCCAGCCUCUUUCCCUGGUCACCAAGUCUGCCCACUAAACCACCCCUUACCCAGGCAGGCUGUCACGUGACUCAUUGAGUAGAAAUGAUUCAGAAGAAACAAAAAAGGAAAUUUUAUUGGUCAAUAUUUGACCACUCUGGACUGUUCUGUAAAGUGACUGAUAACAACAGCACUUUACAUUUUGUAGAUGUAACCAGUAGCUGAUCUUAAGGCUUUUUUAAAAAACAAAACAAAACAACAAAAAAAACUCUUUAAAAGAAAGAACUGAAAAGUAGUGUGCUUUUCAUCCCGUAUGUGCUGUGGUGGAUGGACUUGGGCAGAAGAUGCCUUUCUCUCUACCUCUCUCUUUCUGCCUCUUCUCUUCUCACUGUACCUGCCUGCCUCAGCUUCCCCCACUCAGUCUGCAUGUUUGCCAUUGCUGAUGUCCCGCCAGGGAUCUCUACAUCCAUAGCCAGUCCUGGACAUGUCCUGUUAUCCAGCCCAACUUCCCGCCAUCUGCUCAACACCAUGGGCUCUUCCCCUUCGACUGUUUUGUCCUCUGCCCAGUGGAAGGCCAUCACCAUGUGAGAAGACAUCUUGGCCUGAUUUGCUGCCACCAGCAUCCCCUCUCCCUCAGUGGGCCCAAACCCACCAGCCCUCAACUUCCGGUGGGGAAAGUGGUCCUCCAAAAUGGUUCACCCCCACAUUUAAAGGGACUCAAGGUGCCUGACACUUCCCCAGUGAAGAAGUCUAUUUUCUUUUUCCUCCUUGCCAGUGGAGACCGUCCCCUCACAGUCCCAGAGUGGCAGAUAGGACCAGGCUCCAUAGUCUGGCUCUUGUCUCCUGGGUCAGUGCCAGUACAAUCUGCCAAAGUUCUAAAGACCCUCUUCCCUCCCCAUCACCUCACAUGCUUCUUCUGUGUGUAUUUCUUUUUGUUUUUAUGAUUUUUAACUUCCAGUUGUUUAUUUUCACAAAAGAAAAUAAAAUUGCAGUUGCAAGACCUUU